AUGAGUAAGCGGCUUCCACCCAAGAGGCUUGACUCCUCCAGCCUGUAUGAAUCACUUGUAGACUCCACUUUAAAAAAGUUGUGGUUUAAUUUUGUAUUCAUUGCGCUUGGAGAAGAAUACAAAAAUCCUCUAAAUGUAACGUUGAAUCAAUCGCAGGUUGAAAAUGCUUUUAAAAAACUCGGAAUACGCAUGAAAACUGAUACCAAACUGUAUUUGAACAAUGAUAUGAAAUAUAAAUUUCAAGAUUAUGGACUUGAAAUUAAAGAUUCGCAAGGAAAUGUUGAAACUUGGAGUCAUCCAAAGUCCAAAAGAUGUGAUAAAUUGGACUACAAUUUAUUCUGCAAAAUGUUCAGAAAAACUAAACUAAAAGUCGCAGAAUCUGGCUUAAUUUACUAA